AUGGAGCUGGGGCGAUGGCGCCGGGGCUGGUGGCACAACUCCGCUUCCUUCCCCCGCAGGACCUGUUUGCACUGGGCCUGUAAGCGGAACCACGCGCAGGUGGUGUCCUGCCUGCUGGAUGCUGGUGCCGAUAAGCAGAUCCUCACUGCUAAAGGAGAGCUGGCUGCAGAGUUAACUUCGAAACCAGGCAUCCGGAAGAUUUUGGGAGAGGAAGAAACUGAAUGUCAAGGAGUGAAGGAUCUAAAUUUGCCAAUUGUUCCAAACUACUUGGCCAGCCCACCGUUCCCUUACGCUUACACCGAAGAAAGCAUUCCAUGCAGCUUGGCAGAAUCCCAGAAUGAAAGUGCUUCCACCUCUCCUGCUUCCCAGUGUGAAACUAGUCCUUGCUCAUCGGCGACUCAGGUUGAAAGCACACGCACGCCCACAUCGUGCACCAGCGAAGAUGAUUUUCCUGCACUAGCCGCUGCGGAACAGCUGCCUGCCCCGUCAGCGACCAUCGCCGUGCCGGAGCGCGCCGAGCCCGAGGUGCGGAACGAGCCCGAGGUGCGGAACGGCCCCGUUUGGCAGCCGGCGCAGCACAGCAGGGGGCUGUUCUCUCCGGUAGCAUCCGCACAGGCUGCACCUCUGCACACCGACAGUUCUCCUACUGGUCCCACGCCAACGUUUCAGCCCUUUUUCUUUACUGGAACUUUCCCAUAUAACAUGCAAGAACUUGUGCUUAAGGUGAGAGUGCAGAACCUCAGAGACAAUGACUUCAUUGAAAUUGAACUGGACAGACAAGAACUGACCUAUCAAGAUCUGCUGAGAGUGAGUUGCUGUGAAUUGGGCGUUAAUCCAGAACAAGUGGAGAAGAUCAGAAAAUUACCUAAUACGCUAGUAAGAAAGGACAAGGAUGUUGCCAGACUUCAGGACUUCCAAGAGCUGGAGCUGGUUCUUGUGAAAAGUGACGGCUCUCCUUUCAGAAAUGCUGCAUCAGCCCUGACUGAGAGACCGUGCUACAACAGCAGAGCAUCAAAGCUGACCUACUGA